AUGCCUGGGCCUCUCGAGGAAGAGAAGGGGGGAAGCCAAGCAGCCACCGAUGACACCCUGCUGGUGACGUGGGAAGGGGACGACGACCCGAAGAACCCCAAAAACUGGCCGCUUUCCAGGAAAUGGCUCCUCACCAUUCUCACAUCCUGUGGUGGCCUGAUCUGCCUCAUGUCUUCGACCAUGCUGGCUCCAGCACUUGAGACCAUCUCGACUCAGAUGGAAGUCUCACAAGGCAAGGCCAACAUGACACUGUCCAUCUUUGUUCUCGCCUUUGCCUUCGGACCUAUGGUACUCGCACCAAUGACUGAAGUCUUGGGGAGGCGAAACGUCUGGCUUCUAUGCGCAGCCUGGUACACCAUCUGGAAUACAGUCUGCGGCUUUGCGGACAGCAACGGGCUUCUCCUGGCUGCAAGACUGCUUGCUGGGCUUGGUUCGAGCGCUGAGUAUGCUAUCGGACAGCCGGUUCUGGGAGAUCUAUGGCGACCGGAACAGCGAGGCAUGUCCUUUGCUAUAGCGACGUUCAUCCCACUCUUGGGGCCUGCUCUGGGUCCGUUAUUAGGUGGCGUCAUCGCUGGCACCAUCGGCUGGCCUUGGAUCUUUUGGGUGCUCUCGAUCUUUGACGCCUGCCUCAUCGUCAUGGCGUAUUUCAUGUCGCCCGAGACCUACGGCCAACUGCUCCUGCACCGCAAGGCAGUGACAAUUUCCCAGCAGACUGGCAUCCAGCAUUGCACCGCAUUCGACGUCCAUGCCCAACCGCUGGCAGCCAAAUUGAGGAAUGCCCUGCUUCGACCUUGUCGCCUGUUAGCUCAUCAGCCUAUCAUACAGCUGAUGUCUCUGAUGAUGGCCUUCAAUUACGGUACGCUGUACUUCGUCCUGGCAUCGUAUGCUUCGCUAUGGACGAAUAAAUACGGUCAGACUGUGACAGUCUCUGGCCUCCAUUACAUUGCGCUUGCAAUCGGCUACACAGUUGCAGCACAAGGCGGCGCCAGAAUCACCGACAGGAUCUGGCAACAGCUCAAGCAGAAGGCAGGUGGACAGACGGCACCAGAAUCUCGAGUCUCGUUGAUGAUUCCUGGUAUCCUGCUUAUGCCAACUGGACUGCUCUGGUAUGGCUGGGCUGCUCAGGCUCGGAGUCAUUGGGCGGUCGUGGAUGCCGGAGCAGCCGUGUUCGGAUGUGGCGUCAUCUUGUCAACGCAAGCGAUGCAGCAAUACACCAUGGAGAGCUUUAAGGAGCACGUAGCAUCUGCGGCGGCUGCGAGCCAGUUCUUGCGCAGCAUCUUUGCCUUCUGCUUCCCUUUGUUUGCGCCGGCGCUAUACAGCUCGUUGGGGUACGGAAUGGGUAACACGACGCUGGCGUUGGUGUUCCUCGCCAUCGGUGUGCCGGGACCAUUUUCCCUCUGGUUCUUUGGUGCAAGGUUGAGAGCGAAAGGGGGACUUGUGAAGUGA